CGGCUGCAGAGUGCGAUGCGCUGCAGGCUGGAGAUCUGCGGACGGUGCACUCUGCGCUGUACAGACACUCGGGACCCCGCUGUACUCGCCGGCACAGCUGCAGGAUUCGCAGGGGUGGGUGGCAAUAUGUGACAGAGAUACCCCCGAAUCUGCCCCAAGCCGGAGCCCGAGAGACUUCUCCCUGGACUGUACCCCGGGGACCCGGCUGGAGGACGCCGGACUAUCGCUCCAGAGGCUGCGGGCGGAGAGUGGCGGAGAUUUCCUGCAGCUGACUGGCGGGACUCCUGGGAGGUCUGCGAGACGGUCGCUGGUAUCACUGAUUGAUGCGACUGUGCCAAAGCUGAGGCCUGGACAGCUGAACUGAGGAGAAGCUGCAGCAUGGAGGGCGACGGCGUCAGCUGCGUGAAGUACCUCAUGUUCAUCUUCAACUUUUUUAUAUUUCUCGGUGGAACCUUCCUGCUCGGACUUGGGAUUUGGGUGAUGGUAGACCCCACUGGUUUCCGGGAGAUCAUUGCUGCCAAUCCCUUGAUGUUCAUGGGUGCCUACCUGGUCCUUGCCCUGGGUGCCAUGUUGUUUCUCCUCGGCUUCUUGGGCUGCUGCGGAGCCAUCCGUGAGAACAAGUGCCUUCUGCUGUUUUUCUUCAUGUUUAUCCUGGUGAUAUUCCUGGCGGAGCUGUCUGCUGCUAUUUUGGCGUUCCUCUUCCGGGAGAAUCUGACCAGAGACGCUUUCACCAAGGACCUGAAGCGACAUUACCAGGGAAACAGUACGGACGUCUUCACAUCCACCUGGAACUCUGUUAUGACCACAUUUGAGUGUUGCGGAGUGAACGGUCCGGAAGAUUUCGGGGACACUUUGCAAUUUAAGACUCAUGUGUACGGUGUUGUUCCCGAGGCGUGCUGCAGGAGGAGUGUUCUGCGCAGGGACAGAGAGAUGCUCAGCCACACCGAGUGCAUGAUGGGAACGGAGGUGAACAGACAGGGAUGUUACGCAACAAUACUCAAUUCUUUGGAACCGUAUGUGUAUGUUGCGGGAGCACUGGCGAUUGGCGUACUGGCUGUUGAGCUCUUCGCAAUGAUAUUUGCUAUGUGUCUGUUCAGAGGCAUCCAGUAAGAAGAAUGCCCGGGAACCUGAUGUGUGCCAAAUCGUGAGGGUCUCCCAACUCCCCCUCCCCACAAGAGCCUCCACUGCCAGAAAGCCUUGCACUACUUUUGGAGCCUCAGCCAGGGUGUGACUGCGAGCACACAGUCUGACAAAAGGACCCCAUUCUUUA